AUGAAGUUCUUCGAGAAUAAAUUCACCUACGACUAUUCAUUUCCCGCUGUAUCCCUCGCCUACUUCCUUCGCUACCCGAACCCCUACUCCCGCCAUGUCCUCACCACCGACGUGAUCGAUCGGUACGUCGACCCGAACACCCACCGCCUCCACACCACCCGACUACACCUAAAGAAAUCCAAGGUCCCCUCGGGUAUUCUGAAGUUGUUGCCCAAGGGAAUGGGUGGGUCCGACAACUCUGGCCAAAGCUAUAUCCUCGAAACCACUAUAGUCGACCCAACCGAGGGCUGGAUGGAGACCGAGUCGCGCAACAUGGAAUGGACCGGUAUCCUUAGUGUCGUGGAGAAACAACACUAUCAACGUAUCCUCACGGAUGGAAAUAUCCAAGCUCUGGAUGGGCUCUCAAUCGAUCAGAAGAGCGAACAAACCACCGUGCGUACCACCGUGACCUUCCGAUCUAGACUCGGACAGGGCAAAUUCCUUAGCCGAAAGAAGGCCGGCUUUGACAACUCCGAUGCGGAAGAAGAGGAACCCAAGAGAGGCUUCUUCUCCUCCUUAUCCACAGCCGGUAUUCAGCGCACCAUUGAACUGAUCGGCGUCAAGCGCACGCGAGAUGCUGUCCUGAAGAGCAAGCAGGGCAUGAAUGUCGUCCUUGAACGCCUGCGCAGCGGCGGGAUCGUCGGCGUUCUGGAAGGAAUGCGAGAGGACCGUGAGGCUUCAUUCGGACCCGAGGGUCCCUGGAAGCGUGUCUGGCUACAGGGAAAUGGUCGUUCCAUUGAAGACGACGACAAAUAG